CCAAAUUGACUUUGAAGUUUAUGUGAUGGAAUUGAUGUUUGUAAUUUAGUAAGGAUUUAUCAAAAAUCAAAAUCGACCACAGAUUUUCAAUGAAUCAUUUUUUGUUAUAAAUUUACAUCAAUAAAGCUUUGCCCCAGAAAUGAGUAAAUCUUUGGAAGAUAAUUUGAUCAACAAAAUUAUAUCAGAAGACCAAGAUGCUAUCCUUUCUUACAUCUCUAAAGGUGCAAAUCCCAACAAAAUAACUAGUCAAGGCAAAACUUGUCUGGGGGAAGCUUCAAGUUUAGGUAAUAUCUCAAUUGUAAAAUUGCUACUUGAAGCCUGUAAAUCAGAAGGAACUAAUCAAAUUUCAUCCUAUGGUGUUUCAAAGAAAAAACACAGUGUUAAAUCUCAUAAAAGAAAAUAUAGAGGGACAGGGCAGCAUGAUGACAAUGUCAGUAAAUGUAAGAAUCGAACACACAGAGUUAAUGUUGAUUUUCAGAAUGAAAAAGGUAAUCUUAUAUCCAAUAGUACAAAAACUGAUAAGAAUCAAGGAUACUUUGUGAUUGUAAAUAGUGAUGGCUCUAGUAGUGAUGAAAGCAGGUUAAGUAAUAUUAUAUCCCCUAAGAGUUCCCUGGCAGCAACACCUUUAGCUGAAUUAGAAUGGGAUGAAGAUAUUGGAAAUGUUGCCCCCACAACAAGCGAAGAUGAGACAUGGUCAUCUAUGUAUAAGUGGUAUGCUGCUAUACUUGAGAAAUCUGGUGCCGCUAUAGCAGCAGCAACAAUGGUUUCAAACGGCUUAAAUCAACAAGAUGCAUUUAUGAGAACCGCAUUACAUUAUGCAGCUGAACAGGGUCAUACAGAUAUUGUUAAAUUACUAUUGGAUUCGGGAAGCAAAUUGGAUAUAACAGCAGGGGAUGGCCUUACAUCCCUGCACAUAGCCGUGAUUAAAAAUCAUAUUGAAACUGUUAAGGAGCUUUUGUCAGCAGGAAGUCAUGUUAAUUAUAAAACACAUGAGAAAAUGACUGCACUACAUUUUGCUGCAUCCAGAGGAUAUUUAGAUUUGGUAAAAAUUCUAGUCAACAAUGGAGCUUACUUAGAGGCAAGAGAUACAAAUGAGCGCACAGCAUUGUAUUUAGCAGCUGGAAGAGGACAUGUUGAUGUUAUAAGAUAUUUAAUAUCAUCUGGUGCCAAUGUUAAUGGUGAAGAAAUACAUGGUUACACUCCUCUAUGCGAAUCAGUUUGGCAAAGAUAUACAAAUGUAGUUGAUCUUCUAUUAAAGUCUGGAGCAAGGAUUACACAUUCCCAUAAACUUUUACACAAUGCAAUCUUACAAGGACAGGAAGAUAUAGUAACAAUGUUAGUAAGCCAUGGAGGAGGAAUAAAUUUACAUAAUGAUACAGGAGAUACUCCCUUGUUAUUGGCUGUACGUCUAUCACAGGUUUCAGUGGUAAAAAUACUACUACAGAAAGGUGCAAAUGCAAAUAUAUGUAAUAGUAUAACUGGUGCCAAUGCUCUUCACAUCGCAGUUGAGAGUGUGAAAUGUCCAAAUGAAUUCGAGGAAUUAAUAAUUUCAUUAUUGGACUAUAAAAUAGAUAUGAAUACGACAGCACUUACAGGCGACACAGCUUUAAAUCGAGCUCUGUUACUACAAAAGGAUGAUGCAGCAAUGAUUUUAAUUCAACAUGGUGCUGAUGUGAAUGCAUGUGAUUCACAGUCCUGUGGAUUAGACAAUUUAUCAAUAGUUAAUAGAAGGGUAUCAAAUAGCAUUGCAAGUUUACUUAUAAAGGCUGGUCAUUACCUACCAUUUUCUGAGUAUAGGGUUGAGAAUAAUACUUUAACAACUAGAGAAACAAUGGAUCAUUGGCUUCAUAGCAUUUGUAGAGAACCUUUAAGUCUAUUAGACCUCUGCAGAAUUAAAUUAAGAUUGUUUUGUAAAAAAAGACCUCUUCACCAAUAUAUAGACUUGUUACCUCUACCAAAGAGCUUAAAAACCUUCCUAAUGUUUAGAGAUGAGUGUAAUAUAUUUUCUUGUAGAUCAAAGGAAUAAUUUGGUGUGUGAAAAAGUUGAGUAAUUAUAUUAAUUAAUAAAAACGAAUGUACAUACAACAAUUAUUUAUUUAAACACUAGUGUGGUACAUAGUUAGUAAAUAGAAAUAUGUAUUAUUAACAUGUUUGCAAUUUCCAAAUAAGACGAUGAUUUGUAAAAGGUAUACUCGUCUAAAUUAAUGAAUCACAAGUGUAGGUGGUUGCAUUGAAGUGACUUGUUGAAAACGUAUUUAUAAAAAUAACAUAAUGAUCUUAUCCUUAUAUCAAGUUCCGUAUAAUAAAUAAUAGGUAAAACUUUAUUCAUUCUUUAUCAGUAUAAAAAUAAAUAUUGUUUAUUUAUC